GUUUUUCUUCAAAACUGCCAUCUGCUGGUAAAUGUCAACAUUUACGAAAUGCUUUUCAUUAUUCCGUUUCUUUUAAUGGUGUUAGAAGUUUAAGUUUUUGGAAUAUCAUGUCUUCGGUACUUGUACCUGAAAUUCCUGCGCCCGGAUUUUCUUUUGAUCUUUGUCAACGAAAUAAUUUUCUGAUAAAGAAAGGAUUUCAAGCACCUAAAGCUGUUAAAACAGGAACAACAAUUGCUGGAGUUGUUUAUAAAGAUGGGAUUGUUCUUGGUGGUGAUACAAGAUCAACAGAAAAUACUAUAGUAGCUGAUAAAAAUUGUAGUAAAAUCCAUUAUCUUGCUGAAAAUAUGUAUUGUUGUGGUGCUGGAACUGCUGCUGAUACUGAAAUGACAACUCAAAUGAUAUCCAGUCAAUUAGAAUUACAUCGUUUAAAUACUAAUCGUAUGGUACCAGUUUGUACUGCAAAUGCUAUGAUAAAGCAAUUAUUAUUUCGUUAUCAAGGUCAUAUUGGAGCAGCUUUAAUAUUAGGAGGUGUUGAUUUAGAUGGACCACAUUUAUAUUGUAUUUAUCCUCAUGGAUCUUCAGAUAGACAUAUGUAUACUAGCAUGGGUACAGGAUCAUUAGCUGCAAUGGCUGUAUUUGAAAGUAGAUGGAAACCUGAUAUGACAGAAGAGGAGGCUAAAGAAUUGGUAGCAGAUGCUAUUCGUGCUGGUGUAUUUAAUGAUUUAGCUUCUGGGUCUAAUGUAGAUUUAUGUGUUAUACGUAAAGGUUCUGUUGAUUAUUUACGACCUUAUGAUGUUGCUAAUAUUAAAGGACAGCGAAAUAUAUCGUAUCGAUAUAAGCGUGGUACUACUGCAGUACUUAAUAAAAUAGUUCAUCCUAUAAUUAUCGAAGGGGAAACUGUGCGUAGAAUUGAAGUAGAACCAAUGGAUACUUCAUCUUAAAAUGUAUAUCAAACAAUGUUAAAUUUACAUUUGGAUAUAUAUGAAUUUUCAAUAAAAAAGUCUUAAUCAAAAUACUUAAA